UGUUUCAGUAAGGAAAGAAGUUACUCUCAAGUCUAGUUAGGCACAGUGAGCUGCUUGUCUCAAACCAUACCUUCUGGGAAGUAUAGGGUGCUGCUUUUCAGUAAACCGCCAUGGCUCUUGGACUUCUUUUUUGGGUUUCCUGCAUUUGUUUUUUGCUGUUUGAUGACAGUGCUGGAUUGCCAUCUGUAAAAGGGUAUGGCUAUCCAUAUAAAGCUGACUUUCAUAACAUGGGUGAUGCUAGAGAAGAUGAAGUCGAGACUGGGCAGGCUUCAGAUUACCAACCGACUGGCCCUUUUUACACACGCUACAACAAAUUUUCAGAUGCACAAUGGCCAGGUUUGGUUUCAUCUCAACAAAACCUGCCCAACAGACCAAGUGUUCCUGCAGCAGACAAACUAGUUAAUGGUGGAUCCAGAUACUUCAAGUUGGAAAACCUUAAAUCACUCUUGUUCCCUUCAAGCCCCAACCAGGCGAGUAAUCCAGCCAAGCCUCGGCCAGGCCCUGCUUCUACAAACUCUAUGCUUUCUUCUCCAGCUGGUGGCUCUUCUCUUUAUCAUAGUCAAACAGCCAACUAUGAGCCAAUCUAUCAGGCCCCAAAGUUUCCCAGCUUUGAUUCUUGGAAGCCUCUGCCAGAUGGCAGGGACUAUGGUGUGGUUGACGACUCUGGUUUUGGUUCCCCAAACUCUGGCUCCAGUAGAGGUGGUGUGAGUAACAUUCCUCAUCUUGUAUUUGAAGAAGUCUUUCAAUAUCCAUCUGAGACAACUGGGCCUUCCAAUACUGCAGGAGGGUAUAGCAAAGCUAAUUACAUGAGCAAGGGGUUUUCAACUGGAAAUGCCACCUCACUAGGGGGACCCUCAUUCCCCAGAAACCCAACUAAUGUCGGUGCCCAAAUGGGCUUGAAGGGUUUUUGGAUUCCACAAAAACAAGUUGUUGGCUCUCAAAAUAUUGUGGGUAACUGGAAAGUGAGUAAACCAAUCCUUCCAAGCUAUGGGAAGUCCAAUGGCGGCUACCAGAAGGCCAGGUACAUGCCAGCAUUUCCCUAUCAAAUGCCUGUAAGCUCAACCGGUGUCCAGGGUCAAUCUGCCCCAGAAGGUGUAUAACCCUCAAAGGGUCAAAUGGUUACCAACAUGGAUGGUGUCCUGAGUUGCAGAAUGAUGUGCCCUCAAAGAAAAAUAAAACUUUAUUAAAAAUUCA